AUGGAUCCCCCGGAGCAAUUGUACGCACUCGUGCUUGAACUGUCGUCGCCUGAACAGCGUGAAAGCGCCUUGUUGGAGCUUAGCAAAAAGCGCGAGGAGUUUCCAGAACUAGCGCCUAUUCUCUGGCAUUCGUUCGGGACUGUGGCUGCGCUACUACAGGAAAUUGUAGCCAUUUAUCCACUUUUGUCACCUCCCCAACUCACGGCUCAUGCCUCUAACCGAGUUUGCAACGCACUGGCUCUUUUGCAGUGUGUCGCAUCCCAUUCGGAAACUCGUACUCAUUUUCUCAAUGCACACAUUCCCUUGUAUUUGUAUCCGUUUUUGAACACGGUGAGCAAAAACCGGCCAUUUGAGUAUUUACGUCUGACAAGUCUUGGAGUCAUUGGUGCACUGGUUAAGGUUGAUGACUCAGACGUCAUCAAUUUUUUGUUACAGACGGAAAUUAUCCCACUUUGUCUCCGGAUUAUGGAAGCAGGGAGUGAAUUAUCCAAGACAGUGGCUACAUUUAUCGUGCAGAAAAUUCUGCUCGACGACAUGGGACUCACUUAUAUCUGUCACACUCCCGAGCGGUUCUAUGCCGUAGGAACGGUAUUGAGUAAAAUGGUGGCAAUUUUAGUGGAUACGCCCGCUCCACGACUUCUGAAGCACAUUAUUCGUUGCUAUCUUCGUUUAUCGGAUAAUCCACGUGCUAAAGAAGCUCUUCGUCAGUGUCUGCCAGAAGCUCUACGUAACCACACGUUCGAUGAGGCUCUGAAGGAAGAUGCUACUACAAGUCGCUGGCUCGCACAACUUUUGUACAACAUUAGCACGGAUACAAGCGUGGGUGCUGGGGCUGUCCAGGGUGCACGUCUCUCUAGUUAG